AGUUGACGUUUUUGCGUCAUUAUCAACAGCACGAGCGCUUCUCUCCGCCAUGUGUAGGUCACGCUGAGGAAAGUGUCGAGAACAUGUUGUUUAAUGUCAGUGUAGGACGAUACAGGUGACAUAUAAAGUGGACAGUCAGCUAUCCAAAUCAGCUGAUGGCUGCACGAACAAUAUAGUGUCAUGUGGAGAACAUCUCUGCGUGCAGGCUGCAGAGGCUGCAGAGGCUUUGGACCAAAGGGGAUUUGGGGCUCUCAUGCAGUGCGUAGAUGCAGUGCUCCAGCUCCAGCUCCAGCUCCAGCUCCAGCCUUACCUGCAGGCAGGAUCACAGCACGUCAGGCAGUGGAUGUAUGGAAGAGACACUUUGAGGAGAGAGGUGUGACGGAGCCUGACAACUCCAGUCACUACAUCAUUGCCCAUCUCCUCGGGGCUAAAACUAUUGAAAGUCUCGAGCACGGGAAGUUAACAGAGUUUCUCAGCCGAGAAAAAACAGAGCAAAUGUGGCAGCUCUGCACUAGACGCCUAUCCAGAAUGCCUGUGCAGUAUGUGAUUGAGGAGUGGGACUUCAGAGAUCUGACGCUGAAGAUGAGACCUCCUGUGUUCAUACCGAGACCUGAAACCGAGGAGUUGGUUGAACUCAUGCUCACUGAUCUGGAAAUGGAGCCCGGAGCUAAAGUGGGUGCAGACGGCCAGCGUACGUGCUUGGAAGUGGGGUGUGGCUCUGGCGCCAUUUCUCUUAGUCUGCUGAAUAGUAUGCCUCAGCUUAAAUCUAUUGCUGUGGAUCAAAGCCAAGAUGCAGUGGAUUUAACAAGAGAGAACGCAUUAAGGUUGGGGCUUCAGGACAGAUUACAGGUUUAUUGUAUAGAUGUAUUAAAAGACGCAGAAACUGUGGUCAGCCUCUGUAGUCCUGUUUCAGCUUUAGUCAGUAACCCCCCGUACCUGUUCUCAGAGGAUAUGACGUCACUGGAACCUGAAAUUUUCAGGUUUGAGGACCACGCCGCUUUAGAUGGCGGUAAAGAUGGCCUUAAAGUUAUCAAACAGAUUUUGACUGUGGCUCCACAGAUUCUGACAAAUCAUGGUCGUGUUUACUUGGAGGUGGACCCCAGACACCCCCCGCUCAUUCGACGGUGGGUGGAGGCGAAUGUUGAAGAGAUGCAUUAUGUGGAAACACGGCACGACAUCAACGGCAGGCCACGGUUCUGCAUCCUUCAGAAAAAGAAGUCAAACAAGGACCACAGACUGGAUCAAGAUUGAGAAACUGAGAUCCUAUUACACUGGCUUCAGCCCAGGUUGCCACAAUCUCAGCUCCCCCUACCCCCACUGAGCUCCCAAAUCCGGCGCUUGCUCCGUUUUGAUCACCUUCACAAUUCACAAUUUGCAGAAGCUCAAACCAUUGUCGUGUAACUGUUGCACUUUUUAAUCCGAUAACAUUUGCAAUCACAUCCUGCUGCACAAAAUAAAAAAUUUUAAAAAAUGUGUGCGAGAUGGCACAAAAGCAAGCUGAAGGUAAUUACCAAGGCUUUUCUUAGAACACUCCCUCUCAGAAUCUCACCCUCCUCCCAGGAAGCAUUCAGUAGUUCUGUGAAUCCGCUGAUGAACGAUCCUCCCCUUCGCUUGUCCACUCGCUGACUCAGAUGCAGGCUGCACGCAUUGUUGAGCAAAAACACACACACACACACACACACACUAACACGCACACAAUGUGGCCUUUACUUCCUCGCACAGUCUGCGUCUGCUACACACUUAAAGCUCAAAGGCCACACAGUCUUUGUGUUUCAAAGGU